AUGAUUCAAACGGCUGAAUUAUCGAAUAUUCCUUCGGAAUCAAACUCUAUUCUUCUACUCGAUGCUUAUUAUCGAUACGCUUCAUCCGGUGAGAUGAAAAUUGAAUCCUCACUCUUUCCCUCUUGCACAAAUUCUCGAGAUCACAGAGGGACAACCUCCUCUGCAUGCCCUGCAUCGACAAUACCAGAUUAUGUGUCGCGCCAAAAAUCGACUCUCGAUACUUCCGCGUUCAGUCGAAAUUCGAUGAUACCUUCGACAAAAACAUUCGAUUUGCCGAAUUACCGGCCAACCUCGCCUAACGGUAAGGUGACACCGACCAAUGAUUAUGGCUCCUUUUCCACUUUCUCUCGUGAGUUUGAAAAGGCAGGCGACGAAAAGUCCGGCGUCACCACCCUGACAAAUACCAAUGGUUAUGCUUCGGGUAUUUGCGGUCUGUACCGCUUUCCCGAGAAUAAUCCAUCGGCGCGCGCUCCAUCCACGGAAACUUUCUCCCACUGUCAAAAUAGAGUGUCAAGAGGAAGGCAUCAAUCUAUUACCAGUGAUGUGACGUUAGUCGAACAAUUUGACACCGGUGAUGUCAAUCUUCACAGAGACGACGAAGAAGAAAUCAGGGAGGAUGGAAUUUCUCGAUCUUCGUUGUCGGGCCCUUCGAUACUGUUGUUCGAAGAAAAUCCCGUAUUAAAGCUCGCAUUGAAUUCGAGGGAUCCGAUGGUAAAAUACCUGAGCAAAGCAUUAAUAGAAGUCAUUGAUCAAGCAUUUGAGAAUGACAAUACAUGGACAUUAAGAAGGAUAGAAUGGAUCGAGACCAUUAAGUUGGUUAAAAAAGAACUAGAGAAACAUAAAAAAGAUAAGACAACAUUAAAACAACAAAUAAAAUCAUUGGCAUUGGCAUAUGAUAUAAUCAAGAAAGAGGUAGAAAAGAUUAGGCAGGAAAAUUUUAUAAUACAAAAGGAGUUGAUGGAAGCGCGGGAGAAGAUUCUCACCCUUGAAAGGGAGAAAAUCCGGAAUCAGGGAGAAAUGAUGUGGAACAGCAUUAAGACAGUAUUUGGAGGUAUACGCACAAUUAUAACUUCGGCAGCCAAUCGCGUUAUCACAUCUAAUCGUCGAUUAAUUGAUAAGACCAAUGAGUGCAUAAUAGGCCAAGAAAUAAACGCCAACCACCUGUUAAAACUGAAAGCUGCCAAGAACUUUUACGAAAAUCUGCAACCCAUUACCUCUGCUGAUUUCGAUGAUUCGGGAGAAUUAUGUGUGACCGCUUCGGCGGACGACUCUAUUAACCUUUACAACUGUCUUCAAGGAAGACUAUUUUAUGGUAGCUCGAUGUGCAAAAGCGUGCUGUUUAAUUACAACAUCCAUGAAGCUAGUGAUAUUGUGCAGCAUAAGAAAUUAUUGUGGAGUAAAAAGUAUGGAAUUCAUAUCACUCGCUUUACACAUCUGAACACCAAUAUCCUUUACGCGUCUACCAAAGAGAACGAUUCGUUAAGAUACUUGUCACUACACAUGAACAAGUUUAUAAGAUAUUUUGAGGGACACCAAAAUAGAGUAGUUUCAUUAGAGUUGUCGCCAUCCAACGACUUAUUCCUAUCGGGUAGUGUAAAUGAAGGUGUUCGAUUGUGGGAUUUAAGGCAAUUCAAUGAAAUUGGCUUCAUCAAUAAUCAAACAGGAAGACCAUGCGUAGCGUUCGAUCCUACCGGCGUCGUGUUUGCCAUCUGUUUUCAGAAUCUCGAUAGCUCAAUAAGAUUGUAUGAUAUUAGGAAAUUCGACAAGGCACCUUUUGCCACAUUCAAUGUCGUGGAUAAUUAUAUAACCCCAAGCGUGUAUCCAAGGAUCCCCGUGUUUCCAGAAUGGACAGGGCUCAAAUUUAGCAGCGAUGGCGAAAAAAUAUUGUUAACGACUUCGGGCGAUGUGCAUUAUAUCGUUGACGCGUACGAUGGUGAAUUAAAACGUAGAUUAGUGGGGCACGUGGGGCUAAAUAACGCGUCGGCCUUUUUGGGAGGAGAGGAGACGUGUUUCACGCCCGAUGGACGCUAUGUAAUUGCCGGAUCACAAGACGGACAAAUAAACUUUUGGGAUACUGCGACAACUUUAAGCACAUCCAAUAUGCUUUUGGAAGGAAUCGACACAAGGUCCAUGCAUACAUUGGAACAUCAUGUCAGGCCUACUCAAGUAGUAAAGUUCAAUCCUACUAGGUUAAUGAUGAUUAGCGCGUGCACGGAUUUGGCAUUUUGGCUGUCCGCUGUGGAUACUGAAGAAUCUGACGUGUCGGAUCACGAAAUAUCUGUCGACAAUUCUAGCCAGAUAAAUAAGAUGCUUAACUCAUUGAGUGAAUAUUCGGGUUCUUCCAGUGAAAUGCAUAUUCCCGAUGAAGUCUCCGGUUCAUCUUCGGAAUCUAUCAAAGUUUCUAUCAAAGAUGACGAAAAACCGGUGGUUAUUCCCGGUUCCUCCGAGGACCUAAAUGAGAAAGACGAGACCUCACCAACUUUACAAGCAGUCACCAAUGAAAUGAUCGUGACAGAAGAUGCUUCGUCAAACGAAACACACAUGGAUGAAGGAAAAUUGGAUACAGAAUCGAAUUCUCCAAACAAGAUGGAAAUAACGAUCACUUCGUCGAAUGCAACCUCGGACACCUCGCCAACUGGCGAAGUGCAUAGUACGGACGAAACAUAUAGAACAGAGUCACCGGUUGACUCUAGCGAACCCGAUAAACCACCUUCCAAUGAAUCCCAACCAACGUCAGUAGGAGAAGCACUCGACACUCAGGCUAUGGAAGUAUUCGAGUCCACCGAUGAAAUUGACGUGAACCCCGGUGGAACAUCUGAUGUGAACAUGGACGAUGAUAUGAAAGAAAAAGACGAUCAUUGA